AUGGAAUCGCUUUCCAGGCGCGCAACUUCCAAUACCUGUCGCAGGUGCUUGAGAUCUGCGUUGUCCAGCUCUUCGUAUCCACCAUAUUCGCGCGCAAUCCGAUCUUUCUCUCAGUUUGCAUCAUGGUCUCCCCAAUUGGCUUCGUCCAAGCCGAAGCUUGCUCUCAGGAAAUCGCCCAGCUCCCGCGAUGCGAAACGGUCUUUGUCGCUCUUUGGUCGGAAAACCCAGGAUCUGGCUUCGACCACAGCCAAAACGCAGUCUCAUGAGUCUUCUCACUCGCAGCGGGUGCUUCGAUCCGAUGAUCUCUUCCAUUCAUUCACCAACUCACCUAUACCCGAAAUCCGACAGCGUGCUGCUUUCAUAAGACAGCACGCAUAUUGCCCCCACCCGGACCAUCGCCCUGCAUUGGGGAGCUCGGGCAUCCCCGUCUCGAGGCAUGUCGAUUUCGAGUGUCCCGAUUGUGGGAUUCCCGUGUACUGCAGCGAGCAACACUGGGCGGAAGAUUACGAGGCUCAUCUCCAAAUAUGUGACACCCUAAGGCAGAUCAAUGAGGAUGACCAUGAUCUCCGAUCCGGCAGGUUCUUCCCCGAAUUUGAGUAUGCUGGCCCGCAGAUGGAGGAGGCCGUCGUCAAUAUGACCAACUGGGACACGUUUCUCUACACGAGAGAAUUCGAAGCUAUCAAUGAUGAUCGGAGUAUGCGACAGGUGACAAGGCUUUUGACCUACCCUCUUACCAUUGGUAGCAUUCUGCAUGAACUCAGUCCUUACAACAUUAGAAAAGGUGGUCGACUGACAGCUGAAGGCCUUAAGAGCCUGAGCGCUCUGCGUUAUACCUUGCACCCUCCUAAAACCGGCGGGGGCGUGGGGAUUGAUGGCCUUCGGCCUGAAGCACCACCAGUUCGUAUAUUUAUCCUAGGCGCCCGCGCAGAGUCUUCGCUUCCGAGGAAUGUUUGGGUGCAGCUUGCUCACCUUUUCCCUCGGGGCAAGUUUCAUCUCAUUUUCGUUGGUCCAGAAAGCAUGGCCAAUCGAGACGACGAGUUCCCCUUGCCUCCUCGAACUGCAUCCAAUCCCUUUGGUGCUAUCGUUGAGGAUCGUGUAUGGCCUUCUAUGAAGAUUAGCACGAUUGUAGAUUACUACCAUACUUUACACAAAACAGGCCACUUCUAUCCUUACGACCCAUACUUCGACUGCUUCGUCAUGUUCCAUCCCGGCCUGGGACAUCCAGCUAGUUCACAUGAAUGGGCAGAAACCGUACCCCUUCUUCUGGAGACGAAAGCUCCAAUUAUAGUAACGGGCUAUACACAGCUUGAUAUGGAAAGAGAUAUUGCAUGGGUGGAUAAGACUUGCCGCGGCGAAUUUGAUAUGCUCAUGGACCCGGGUGAGAAUAUUUUCCGGAGCCAACGCUGGGAUCUCAACGAUCUUGAUCCACAGGACAUCAGUUGCGGAAAUUGGGGAGUAUGGGCCUUCCGGGGCAAACGGCAACUCACAGAAACGUUGAAUGAGUGGUCCUCUCAUGUCGCCGCUGCCGCCGCCACCGCCGCCGUACCCCUCGCCAAUCCAACCGAGACUACCUCCUCAUCUCAGAGCCAUCAUCGUUCUGCACGGCCCCCAGCCUCGGACUUUCUAUCCGACAAAGCUACUGCAGCCUUGAUUCGGCGAUGUCUUUGCGCUCGUCACCUGAAGGAUAGAGGAAGAAGUUCCCCUGCACCAAUCGAAGAUUUGUUACCCCCGCUCACGAGCCGAAACGAUGUCGAUCUGCAGCUAUAUGCCCUUAUAUCUAUAAUAAUCAGAGAGUUUGUACAAAACUGGUACAAUAAGAUCACCCCAGACGAAGCCUUCGUUGCCGAAAUUGUUCAGGUCAUCGCACACUGUACCCGCGCGUUGGAACAGAGGCUACGGAAGGUCGACUUAGAGAGCUUACUAUUUGAUGAGCUUCCAGAGCUACUUGCCACCCAUAUCCAAGCAUAUCGUAUUGCUACAAAUCCAGCCGCAAAGGCCCCGCUUCAAACGGAGCUACAUCAGAUAUAUCAUUCACUUUGUCCUCUGCCAGCCCUAUCGCCAGUCCCACGGGUCGAUGACCCGGCUAGUAUACAAUCUCAGGCAGAUAAUGAGACUGCAUACCGCCAACUUUUAGUCCACGGCGUCCUCGCAGUGCUGCUUCCAACGGAGGAUCUUGAAAAUGAAUGCUUGACGUCACUCGUUGGGCAAAUUCUGUCAGAGCUUGUCAUUGGUAACCUAGUUGCCAAUAAACUCUCAGAGCCGUGGCUUAUAUGGGAGCUUCUGAUUAUGACCACGAGACUCGUCCGCAAAAAGAACGAUUCUAACGACUCCGAUAACCUCCUGAAAAAAACAAAUGUUCAAGGCUUGUAUAACACAGGUGUUUCAACAAGUGUGAAUAAGCGAUCAUGGGUCCCUUACCAAAUCUUCUGGUCUAUCGUCAAUGGAAUCUUUCUGGCGAUUGGGAUGAUACGCUUGGCUCUUAGCAUAGGAGCUCUCUCAUGGUCGCUGCCUCCAAGGCCAAAUAUAAGUACCAUCCGCGGGGGGGAGGAGAUGAAUCGCGACACUCAACGAAAGCAACCUAAGUCCGUCUCACGCGAGGCUGCCAUCGAAACUCACAUACAAUCUGAAAGGAUCGCAAUUGUCAACUUUCAUAUUUGGCAAUGCAUCGGGGAUAUUUUCGAAGUUGAGGCACGAAUGCCCUGGCUUCGAGGAACUGUUUCUAUGAUGCAGUGGAUCGCUCUAAACGUCCCAGGUAGAGUUGCCGCAGUCGAUGGAACGCUCGAUAGGUAG